AGAGGCAGGAACUGUGCGUGGUGCGGUGUGCGCGCUGCCGGAUCGUAGCGUAGCAGCGCGAGCAGCGCGAGCGAGAAGCGAGGGAGAGCAGCUCGUGGCGCGGCCCGGUGCCGCUCGUGUGUGCCAUAGGGACCACUGCCGGACACCGACACGACACGACACGAUCACAGGGAGAGCGCGCGCGUUCGUUUACAAGAUGGCAGACGACGGUCCGUCCGCGGCGGUGGACGCGACCGCGGCGGUGGUGACGGGACUGGGACUGGGACUGGGGGACGGUGAUUCUCGCGUGACAAGGGAGCGGCACAAACGCGCGGACGCCACCGCGCCGAGCGUCACUCCGGCGGGCAGUGCGGGCACGGGCCAGGACGCCACCAUCCCAUUCUCAUUCGCGAAGCGCGUCUCCGUCUCCGGCGGACACGAGGACGCCUCUAACGCCUCUGCCGCGUCUUCGGCGGCCGAGACGGAGUGUUCGCACUACGAGCGCCGGGUUCUUCAUCCCCGUCAUCAUCAGCAUCCUCAGCAUCCUUAUCAUCCUCGACACUCUUCCCACCGUCAUCCAUCGCCUUAUCAUCACCACCACCACUUCAACUCUCAUUACCGUCAUCCCACGAAUCAUCACGACAACGGCAACGAGCGCGUCAGUGACGACCGCGGCAGUGGUGGUGAUUCUUCGCCGUCGCCCGGCGGCGACGAAAACGACGACGAGGAGGAGGAGGAAGAGGCGGAGGAGGAGAACGGCGUCGGUGUCGGCGUCGGCGUCGGCGCCGACGGCAACGGCAGUGGCAGUGGCAGUGUCGGUCUGUACCACGGCGAUGUUAGAAUCGAGGUAGUCCGAAGCGUCGUGGCGGAGGACGACGGCAGCGGCAGCGGCAGCGCCGAUAGCGUCGAUAGCGUCGACAGCGUCGAUAGUGACUGCGACGCUGAUAGUAGUGCUGGCAGUAGUAAUAGUAUUAAUAGUAGGCAAAGUGGUGCUGGUGGUGUCGCGGAGAAAAUCAUGAAAUCCGGUGGUAAUAAUAAUAAUAAUAACGCGGCGAGGCGCGUCGGUGUCGAGGACGCCGACGGGGCGGCCGACGACACCGCGUCGUCGCCGCCGCGACGCUCGGCGCCGAGCGCGGACAGUGCACCGGAAGUGAACGACCGCGGGGAUCGCGACGGGGCCGGGGGCAGGCGCCGAGCGAGCGUCAUCGUCGUUGCGACGAGGGAGGAGAUGGCGGAGCGGGAGGAGCAGCAGGCGAGGGGGGCCGAGGACGCGGCCGCGGCCGCGGCCGCGUCUGCCAAGACGGACGACGGCAGCGGCGUCGCCGUAGCGCGGCACCAGGCCACCAGCCCGUUCAAGGGACAGGUUAGGAUGGCCGAGGACACCCUCGUCGGGCCCUGCGGCAAGAAGCGGUGCGCCGAUCGAUACGACAGCUCCGAGAGCUCUGACAG